UCCUCAAAUUUCAAGUACAUUAUCCGCUGUGUAAUAACUGCACCUUCUUUAACCAAAUAUAUAAAAAGCCUGUAAAUAAAUUCUAACACAUAGAACUCUCACGACUGUUGUUAAUAACUUCUUCGCUAGUGAAUAAAAUAAUCACAAAAUUUAAUAGCGUUCUAGUACAUUGAACUCACGUUCGGAGCUCAUACGAAAGACUUAUAUAACUUUAAAAGUUGUCAUUGGAAGAACGUCAACCAGAGAAGAGUACGAUUAAUUGUCUUUAACAAUAUUUGCUAUGCGUUUCAUUGUGUUAUUUAUAUUGGCAUAUCUUCCUCAACCAAGUGAAAACUGUGACGCGAGGUUUGAUGAAAUUUACGAACGAUAUAACUGUAGUUGCUCGACAGCGUUGGAAAAAUUACCAGAUCACUGUGAAGACUUAAGAGAACAGGUCCUUCAAAUGUAUAAUGAUUUUAAAAAGACAGAACAAGACAAGACGUACGGAUCGGUUUAUAUGGCAACCAUACCUAUAGGAUCAUUAGGAAUACUUUUUAACACUCUGCUAAUAUUGGUGAUCCUUUGUGAUCCAUUGAAGAUCCUUCACCGUGGAGCAUGGAUGACUAUCAUAAAUCUUUCUAUAUCUGACGCAAUGGCUUCUUCAGCAAAGGUUGCAUCUUCAAUUGUCGCAAAAUGGUGGGAGAUCGAAAUCUCCGAAAAGUGGCAAAUUUACACAAAUGUCUUAUGGCAAUUUGGUUUGAUCGGCUCAUUCUUUUUUCUUACACUUCUCACAGUCCAGUCUUACAUGAUAGUUAAAUAUCCCGUAAAAAGCCGAUUUUUCAUGACAAGAAGAGUUGUAUUCAUAAUUGGGAUCGGAUGGGUUGUAUCGUUGGGACUAGCCUUACCUGAAAUCGACGACAUUUCUAAAAAUACGAGAAUGUAUUUUUUUGUGGCAACCGUGUCUGUUUUGGAGUUGGCUACAGUUAUUCAGGUCUUCAUGAAGAUAUUUAUAAUAAGAGAGAUUCUUGCACCGCGAGAAACCCUAACUAGCGAUACAAGAAACAAGAAGCAGAGAGAAGUCGCCAAAACGGUCAUCAUACUCAAUCUUAUUCUCAUUGUUACAGCCCUUCCAUAUUUUAUAGCAAAACAGAUUGAGUACAUAACUAGAAUUAACGACGGAACUUCGGGUUUAAUGGUAACAUUUUCAUAUUAUUAUGAGCCCAUUGCCAUAGUUAAUUUUGUCGUCAAUCCAAUAGUUUAUGCAUUGCGUCUAAAAGAUUAUCGAAACAGUUUGAUAUCUUUAUUCAUCCGUUGCAAAAAUUACAAUCAUGCUCCUUUUGUUAGGGUUAGCAGUAAAACAACGAUAACAAAAGUGUAAACUAGUUGAAUAUUUCGAUUCCUUAGCUAUCUAGUUUUAUUGUAAUAGUUACGACAUUCAUUUGUGCCUUAUGAAUUUAAGAUAUCUUUGUUUCUAUACUACUGAUAAAUCAACAGAAAUUAGAAUGAACGAUGUCAUGUUUUGGACGGUGAUAUACAAUUUA